AUGAGUUGGAAGCGCAGAGAGCGAUGGAGGAGGAGAACCGAGAGCGGCGACGGCGAGAGGGCGAGGGAAGGGGAACCGCGGCGGCUUGAGAAGACGAACAGAUCUGCGGCCAGCAAUGGCAGCAUCGAUCUGGAUCUUCUUGACUGCACCAUCUGCAUGGAUCCCCUCCGCCCUCCGGUCCUCCAGUGCACAGUUGGGCAUGUAAUCUGCUCGUCCUGCCAUGGCAGCCUACUGAACAAGGACAGCUGCCACAUGUGCACGGCCACCGGCGGCUACAAUCGAUGCAUCGCGCUCGACAAAAUUCUUGAGUCAUUCUGUGUUUCCUGCUCCAAUGCCGUGUACGGGUGCACUGUGAAGACACUCUACUACAAGGCUAAAGAUCAUCGCAAUUUGUGCCCGCACGCGCCAUGUUUCUGCCCAGGACCCGCCUGCAGCUUUGCCGGCACAACCGUCAAGCUCCUGGCUCAUCUCACCGGCGAUCACAAGUGGAAAUCCAAGGAGGUUAAGUACGACGCCAAGUUCACUCUGCCUGUCAAAGAAGGGACGUGGGUUCUCCAUGCCCAAGGCCACGCGCCCCUGUUCCUGGUGAAAUUCACCCCGGCGCCGCCUUUCGGCAACGUCGCCUCCGUCCUGUGCGUCGGUCCUCAUGCCACUGCUGAGCAUAGGUUCAGGUGCUGUCUUCGUUGCAGUGGCCCCGCCAUCGGUCAGCAGAAAUCCUCUGAUUUCCUGGUCAGGAGCACCACCCUCUCCGAUGGGUUACAGCUGACAGAGUAUGAUGGCUCCUUACUGUUUGCUUCUAGCACCCGCAGCAUCACUGCCCAUAUCAGAGAUGUAGUGCGUGACAAGCAUAAGCGUGGGAUGUCGAUCCGUUUGCGGUAG